AAAGAAAUCAUUGUGUAUCAAGAAAAAUUUUUGAGCGACGUCUCGGGACGCGAUCGCGAAGUACGCCUCUCUAGGGAGGCGAGAGCUUCACGGGCUUGGUGGGCAGCGAUGUGGCCCAACAGCCUCGGUGGAGCUUCCGGCUGUGGAGGGGGAGCUGGGGCCACGGACCUCGGUAGCCUCACGGGCUCAACCACCUCCGCGAGCGACUUAUUUGGGCCCGCGGGGUUCGGUGCUUCUGCGGCAGGGCCCUACGGUGCGCUCAAGUCUUCACCCUACGUAGGCGCCCUCGGUAUGCCACCAAUAGAAGCUCUCCACGGGACCAUCGGUUACCCCGGUUGCACUCCUGCCGGUGAGUCCUAUUACUGUAAUCCGAGGAAACAAAGAAGAGAAAGGACGACAUUCAGUCGAGCGCAAUUGGACAUUUUAGAGGGUCUUUUUUCUAAAACAAGAUACCCGGAUAUUUUUAUGCGUGAGGAAGUUGCGUUGAAGAUUAAUUUACCCGAGUCAAGGGUUCAGGUAUGGUUCAAAAAUCGGCGAGCAAAAUGCAGGCAGCAGCAGAAACAGCAGCAACAACAGCAAGAGAAAGCGCCGAGGUCAAAAAAACCCUCGGGAAAUCCCGUAAACAAUCCGCCGGCUGGGAAAAGUCCUUCGAUAGCCACCACCCCAACGCCUGCGGCUGCUGUUCCAGCUUCGACACCAUUAAGUGGAGGAACAGGAGGCUCUGCUGCGAGUUCUCCAGCUCUUUUACGAGAUUCACCGCAAUAUAAGCCGGCAGGUAGCACCACCGGCUUGCUGUUCGCUGCGAGCACAACUCCGCCGAGUUUGGGCGGGACGGUGUACAGCAGCGGAGGAAGCAGCAGCAGUAUCUGGAGUCCAGCGAUCACGGAAAGCGGCGGAUUCCCCGGGGACCAUCAGAGACUUGCCUGGACCACAACUGCCUCCCAGCAACCUUGCUAUCAAAAUUAUUCCUCCUAUUACUCAAAUAUGGACUACCUUUCGCCUGCUCCUCAUCAACUUAAUGUCGUUGACACUGGUGCUGGAAAUUUAGACAACACGUGGAGCAAAACAAGAGACGAGACCGCUUCCUCAUGGUUCUAUAACAGCGCUGGUUGGGGCGAAAGGAAGUGA